GGCCGGUGCCUGGGCGACGGCGGCCUGCGCAGCUACACGGCCGGCUCAGAUUAUUCUUCAGCGGGAUGGUUGCCUGGUACUGAAUCCUUGUGGCAGGCCACUAACAGUCCAUCAAGCAGUCAAAGUAACCAUAUCAGAAGACACAGUAUAGCUUCUGACAGUGGGGACACAGGCAUUGGUACCUCCUGUUCUGAUAGCUUGGAAGAUCAUUCAACUUCAAGUGGUACUUCCUCGUUUAAACCCAGCCGAUCAUUGGUCUCUAUUCCCACUGCCCAUGUGAUGCCGUCUAAUGCCAGCUCUUCACUUUCCAAACACAGGGAACCUUUCAAGUGUGAUGGUUCAAAAUGGAGUACAAGCCUAUUACGGUCAGGAGGAAGCAGAAAUCAGGGCACACUGGACAACUCUCUGGACAUGAAGGAUGCAAAGCCUGUAAGGAAAUGGUCAUCCUUGUCUAAACUCAGCACACCAGAUACCUGCAGUCAGGAUGAAAGUAUCCAUUCAGAGGACUCCAGGGCUAGUACAGACAGAUCAGGGAGAGACAAGACCAUGUCACCACAAUUAAGGACAAAUGGGCCAAGUUGUUUGCAUACUAGUAUGGAGUUGCUAAAAAUUGAGGAUAAAGAAACAGGGAAAAAACAAUUGUCUUCAUUGGACUGCAAAUACAAAUUUGAAAGUUGCAGCAAAGAUGACUUUGUUUCAGACUCCUCUCAUCGGAGACAUGCCUUAGAUAUGACCUAUAGUGCCUUACCUGAAAGCAAACCCACCACAGCCAGUUGUGAGGCUUUUGGACAAAAAUAUGCAACUUUGCAGUCUGUGAGUGGCGUUCCCAUUCAGCCCUCAGUGAGGACUCAGAUGUGGCUUAGAGAGCAGUUGCAUGCAAAUCCUUUGGACUGUAGGACUGCAGAGGAGUCAUACAGUUUAGUAGCCGGGCAACUGCAGCAGCUUGAAGAACUUAGAACAGGAAGUGAACAGUUUAUGCAGGUUUUGACUGGCUCUUCUCGUCAAGGUUACCCAGCAACAGGGUAUCAGGAUUUACCCAAUUGGGAAUCUCCAAUGAAAAUCAAAGAAGGGUUGCUAAGACAGAAAGAAAUUGUGAUUGAUCGGCAGAAGCAACAAAUUAACAACCUACAUCAGAAGAUAAGGGAGAAUGAAAUAAGAGCUCAGCGUGCCAGACUGAGCCAUUUUGUGAAUUGUGAAGAGUCUUUCAUGACUAAUUUACAGCAACCACAAUAUGAGAGCACAUCACUGCAACCUCAGUUUUCGGAAAGAUCAGUAUCCCACUGUGAGGCGUUUGAGCGAAAGCUUGCAGCAGUUGAGACUAAAGAAUUGCAACUCAAUGAGUACGUUAAACAACUUUCAAACAAAUCUAGUGAGGAUAAAAAGAAGAUGGAAGAGAAACUUAAAACUAGAGACAGAUACAUAAAUAGCCUGAAAAAGAAAUGCCAGAAAGAGUCAGAACAAAACAAAGAGAAACAGAGGCGAAUUGAAACCUUAGAAAAAUAUUUGGCUGACCUGCCAACCCUGGAUGACAUAGAAAGUCAGAGUAAGCAGCUGGAAAUUCUGGAAGAGAAGAACAAGCAGCUCCAAGAAACAGUGGCGGAUUUGGAGAAGAAGCUUGGAGAAGCUAGAGCACAAUGCAGGGAAAAAGAGCUGCAACUAGUGUGUCAGAAAAAAAAAGAAAAAGAAUUGGUUUCAACAGUACAGAGUUUGCAGCAAAAAGUAGAAAAAUGCCUGGAAGAUGGUAUUCGUCUCCCCAUGUUGGACACAAAACAGCUGCAGAGUGAAAAUGAAUGCUUCCGAGAAGAGAAUGAGAAAGCCAGUAAGGUUAUAGACAAUCAACAACAUCAGAUAGCUGGGCUGAUUUUAGAAAUUCAGUCCCUGAAAGAGAAGAUUUUACAAGAUGAAUUAACAGUUCAGAAGAUCACAAAUGAGCUUGAAGAAAAAGAGAAGAAUAUACAGCAGUUAAAUAAGACUUUGCUUGAAAACCAAAGACUCCUGGAAGAGAACGCCUCUUUGAGGGAGCAGAUAUGCCAUGUGGAAGAGUCCAGACAGCCAGUGUCUGCAAAGAUGCCAGUGGCGGAUCAGUUGUUCAAGGAAAUGUCCCAUUGUUUGUUUGACUUGAAAGCACUGUGCAGUAUUCUUACCCAGAGAGCUCAGGGCAAGGAGCCUAACCUUUCCUUAUUGCUGGGAAUCAGAUCAAUGAGCAGUUCGGCUGAAGAGAGUGAGCAUUACCACAGUGGAGAAACUCUUUCCAAGAAACUCUUGGAUGUGUGUCAGUUACGAAAGGAUAUUGAUGAAUUAAGGACAAUAAUAUCAGACCGUUAUGCUCAGGACAUGGGAGACAACUGCAUUACCCAAUGAUAACAUUUUUGCUCUGACAGCAAUGACUACAUUAUUAAAUGCUGCUGCAUUACAGUUCUUUGCAUUUCAAUUGAGGAGCCAUAUUGGAAGAUAGCAAGUUGCAUAUGAGCUGCACAUGGGUGUCUUGGAAGUUUUCAGUGGGCUGUGCAUAUUGAAUCUGGGAAGUGGGCAAAAUCAUUUGAAGAGAGUGGUACAGACUAGAAGAACGUCUUGUUUUCUCCAAACUACUGAACGUAGGACCAAGCUGUGAAGAACGUUCCUAUUAUAGAGAUGUAAAAUUUUGUUUCCUCUCUCAUGGCUUAUUAUAAUUACUUCAUGUGGUUAUAUUGUUUUCUGGAGUCAAAGCAAAGUGUUGGAAAAAGGCACUGUUACUACUGUACUCACAGUUACACAAUAGAGAUCUGAACUCCGCUGUUGUAUUGAAAGGUGGGCGUGACGGGGUCAGGCACCCGUAGGUAUAGAAAUAUGGGUGGUGGAGCCAGAUCAUUCUGCAAAAGUCAUUGUGAUGGAAACUGCACUUGAGAUGGUUGUAGAAAGCAGUCACUCUCCGUAGUGCUCUUUGACCCCGGGCGAUUUUCAGUAACUGAUCACUAAUGUUCAUUUGCAAUUGAUUGGUUCCCUCCACCCUAAGCAUAUGAAUAGAGAAGUUUAAAAUAUCUAUAGGUGCAUGUAGGUUAAUCAUAAGCUGAUAUCAAACCUUUUUUAUGCACCCAUUCUUUAAACAAGGUGUUUAACUAUAUGACAGCUGGGACGCACCCUCACAAACACCAGGACGUGUAAAAUUUAAGACUAGCACUCCCUCAGAAACGGUAACACUGGAGACAUUUUAAAUCACCUCCAUUUUAAAUGUGUACAGCCUGCACAUCAAGGGCCCAGUUCUACACAGUUCCUCCACCAUUUACUUGAAAGGAAGAGCUGUAGGGGUUUUGGCCUCUUGCACGAUCAAGGCCCAAUCCUGUCAGUGCUGCACAAACUCAGAAUGUUAUGUGAAGACUGUAGCAUUUUGCAUGCUCUUUGGGGUCCUAGAUUCCUCUAGUCCUGCAGAGAAGGAUUUUUUUAUUUUUUUUAUUUUUUUUUUAAAGGAGAGAGAUAUGGGAACCCAAAGAUAUUCUUUGAGUUUUAAUCUGCAGUCAGGAGAGCCCCUCUGCAAGCCUGAAGGAAUGUAGUGCUCUCUCUGAGCAGAACUUAGCCUGGCAACUGCAUUCACUUGUUUUUCAGGGGGGAAAAACCACAGCAAAUGAGUUCUCAUUUCCAUGCUGAGCUGGCUCUUACACUGUAUCAUUAUUAAAUAUUGAGUUGAUUCUCAACAAUUAAGAUAAUUAAAAAUGAAAAGGUUUUGAGAGUAAAUAAUAUGCAGCAUGUUUGUGUAAUUAUAACAGCUGAUAGGACAGUGCUUGAUAACCUCAGUUGCUGUGACUGAGAGCGCAGAUCUAUGAUAAAGCAGUUGCAGUCUUAAGUUUCUUUAACAUCAAAAUUGUUAUUUUUAGACAGCAAGAAAUAGCCCAUGGAUAAUCUGGCAGUUUUGACUUUGAAAUUGUCAGUCUUUUGCUUGGUGUUUCAAAAUAGUUUUAAAAAAAUGUAGUAGUUUAAAAAAUUCUGGCCAAUCUUUUCUAACUACUACAUAAUUUUAUUUAUUUAGCAGUUUUUUUUCUUGAUACCUGUACCUACACCCAACCCAGGUCUCUGAAAAUCCAUUUAGUAUUUAUAUUAAUGCUUCACAGUAUUUUUUUUUUUUAAAGAGAUCAUUUACUCAGACUGAAGCAGCUUUGUUGUGAGCGUUAAGAAGUAUCACAAAUUGGUCCUUCCAUCCUUACUAUUGAAACCACAUCUAGUCAUUACAUUAAAGAUAGCUUUUUUUUUUUUUUUUAGCCCAAAACUAUGUUUCAGUCGAGAACUUGGUUUUUAGGGCCAUUUCCUUUAAAUACCUAGAAAUUCUGAUUUAUAAUGGAACUAUUGUGGCAACUUUAAAAGGGGACUUUUCACACUAGGGCAGAACUGCAACUAAGCAUAUUUGCACAAAAAGGGUCACAUAAAUUACUUUACUUGUAGCAUAGGGCUUGCUGUUACUGUUUCUGUAAACAAGAAAAAUCAAAACCCAUAAGUGGGAAAUGUAUUCCAGGUCUGAAUUUUGUGUGUGUGUGUGUGUGUGUGUGUGUGUGGGAGAGGGGGAGAAAAAAGGAGGAAUUUCUCUUGGAUUAUAUAUUUUUCUCUACCAGUGACUUGCUCUGUAAUGUUCAGAGGUUAUUUAAUCUCUCUGCUUCCAUUUUUCCCAUCUCUGAAAUACGGGUGGUGCACUCGGAAGUUGUGAUUAAUUAAGUAAUAGUUGGAAAACACCUUGAGCUUUUUGGACAGUAGGUGCCUAUACACUUCCAAAGUAUGUGUAGGUUCUCCCAGUCUGAAAGUCCCUUUUUAGUUGUAAUUUUUUGAAUGGUGAUGCUCUAAUUAGCAAUUUCUAUUACAGCACCUCUAGUAUUUAUGUUUAAACAUAGAGCACUUGAUAUUUAAAGUAACACUGAGUUUAUCUGCCUCAGUUAAAUUAAAGCAGGGAGAGAAAUGACAGAUGUAUGAGCCAAAGAUGCAGAUUAGCAGUGCAGUUAGAAUUAAGUGACCACAGAUACAGUAUUUUUUUUUCUUCAUGAUUUCUUAAAAUUGGACCUGCUGUUAUAGUAGCUCUUGAUAUAUGCAUCAGUUUACAAAUGUCUCUAAAUGGAAUAAGCUUUGUCUAAGUAAGAUAUGCAUGGUUGUUUAACUGGUUAAAAGUAGUGCGUGUGGUCCCAUUCAACAUAUUUAAUAUGAUAUGGUUAAUUAAUGAAUGUUAACAUUGGCAUUGCUUAGUAAACUGAUUUAGUCAUGACAACUUUUUGCUGUAGCUGUUAGAGACAAUCUCAAGGGCUGAAAAACUGAAUGGAUAGUCCCAUUAGUGGACUAACAGAAUCAUGUACAGUAACUUUUGUAUAGUUUCAGGUGUAAGUUAUACAGUCCUUUUGGUGAUAUUUACAGUAAUAACUACUGUAUUCAAGAAUGUAUUUUAAAAAUGGCUUGGAGAGUAUUGUCUCUGGGCAAGCUAUACAUGAUGCUAUGUAAUUGCUAUAUAGAGUAGUUGAGCUGAAUUAUGUAAACCUGACUUAGGACCUUGUUACACGUCAGGUUGUGAGCCCCACAGAUGUUGACUGACUAACUUGGAGUUUGGAGCAGUCAUACCCUUAGUCUAGAAACCUUGUCUCGCUGUCCCGCAUCUGCACAGCUGUGACUUGCCACUAGACGGCUGGUGAGCAGAAGCAAGACUGGGAGCUGCAGCUGUGAGUUGCCACUAGAGGGCUCGUGAACCAAGACAGGCUUCUAUGGGCAGGGGUGUAAGAGAUCCUGGGAUACUGGAGGACUUCAACUUGGGCAGCAUAUCUGUGGGAAGUGGCCACACGGUAAUGGAACAGGAGCUGGGUAGUGCAGAUCAGAAAUAAUCCUGCCUAAAGGGGUGUCACUUUGAGCCACAUAAUGAGCACUUAAAACCACUUUAAGGUGUUAAUGUGCAGACAAUCCAGGGGUUAGGAGUUCCAGGAGCUGCCCAAAAUUACUGUGUAACAAGGCCCUUUGAUUCUUAGCUUUCGUUGUGUGGGUUUCUAGUGCGUAAUCUUGUAAUUUAUUUAGGUUGCUAUAACCAUUCAAAACUGCCAGUAGAGCCAAAGUGGUUUUUUGCCCUGAUCAUUUAUUCAAGCUUCUAUCCACUCUCCCACAGCUACGUAAUGCCACAUGCAGUAUUCUUCAAUGAAAUCAUAAGGGUCCAGUUAUGUCAAUGACUAUGUGGCUACAGUGGACAGCCAGGAUUUAACUGGAGGUAGAAUUUGGCUCUUUGGAUUGAAUUGAGAAAUCAAGUUUUCCAAUGAGGGGGUAAAAAGCUCUCUCCCUUAAGCUAAUCAGCAUUUUAAAAUUUGAAAACAGGUCAGUGUAUUUUAAAGAUUAUCUAAACAGACUAUCUUAUAUCAAGAGUUCAUUAGCAAUAGCAGUUCCACUGCUGCACACCUUUGUGCCUUUUUUUUGCCCGCAGUAAAUGUAUAUUCCCUAAACAACUUUAGAUGCAAGAAUGUCCAUUUAUGAUUGCACCUUGUUUCCCCUAACUACAGAUCUUCUGUUCUUAGGUUUUUAUAGUAAAGACCCUCCUACAUAAUAUCUAGAAAUAAUCUCUAAGUACUGUAGGUACUAGGUAUAAACUUUGGAAGUUAGUCUGCUUUUAGUAAUCUCAGAUUUUAUGUACAUGAAAAGUGAGCUGGAGACUCAAUCAGAAAAUGUUUGUUGUAUAUCUGUUAACUACAGGAUAUCAUUUGGUGAGCAUUGGAGAGGAGGGUCUAGCGCUACCUUUUAAAAGCACAGCUGACCUAUGUACUGGAUCAGUCCUUAUAAAGACUGGUAGUUUUGUAAAUUGGGUUCAAUUUUCGAACCACUUAGAAUACCUCACAUGUAAAUAGAGUUGUCAUGACUUAAUCUGAAUGUGUUCAGUGUAAAGGAGCUAAGGAGCCACUGGCUGGCUUGACUUUAGCCUGUUGUUCUUGCCUCUUUUUGUAAUUUUUUUUAAAGUAGGGUUUACAGCUAGAAUUUUGAAUGCCAAAGUUCUAUUUAUUAAAUAAUAAAGUUUUCCUUGUUACUGGCUAGUAUUUUUCCACUGGAAGUUUGUUUGAUGUUUGGGAUUUGUAUCUACAGAGCAGAAAUAAAUUUUGUUACAAAAUGAGGUGGUUUUUUUUAUCCUUGUUUGUAUGUGGUCAUAACCAGUGUGGAUUGAGGUCGCCUUACACUUAACACUGUAGAAACAAGGAGACGGGUGUGGUCUCUCCCCCAAAAAGGACAAAAGCAGGCAACACCUUGUGGAGAUGGAGUGGGGUGGGGAAGGGAAGAUGUGUAAUGCAAGCAAAUGGGAGUGGAGGUAAGAGGGUAAUUCCUUAAAUUCCUUCCUAUACUCUACCUAAAUACUGUCAUCCUGGUACCAAUUCUCUAAACUUUUUGCUUCGUGUUUAAUUCUUUGUACAGUUGAUGCCUUAAUAGCAGUACAUCAGUGCCCUGGUACUAUGCUGCUCUUAAAAGGCUGUUUUUUUAUAAGGAAAUAUCAUCCAAAUAUUCAGUAGGGGAAACUUUCCAAGGAAUAAGUGAUGGUUGCUCUUAAAGAAGUAUCACCUGUGGUGAUUUGUUGCUAGGCAAUAGGAAACAGACUGUUGUGCUAUUAAUAAAUUAUUUGUUGCUUCAUUAGGAAGAGAACACUGAGCCCCACAGAUGUAUGGUAAAAUCUCU